AUGGAGUGUUCCCGAGAUAAAACCAUGAUGGAAUCCACAAUCCAUCAAUUCUCCGACUUGAACCUGUCCAAUGCCAAGUCCAACAAGCCAUCCCGCCUCGCCCCAACUCGCACUCACCCCCGAACCACCCUCAAAAGAAUCCCCAAGUCCAUCGGCAAGAACACCAUCAAGAUCGACAAGUCGUACCUCGCCUUGCUAGAGGACGGCCGUCCGAGGCGCGAUCGCAAGAGAAACGAAGGGCGACGCUCCAAGUGGUGGUCUAACCACGAAAAGGCCCUGAUGCAUCAUCCCAGAGGUUUCGCUGAACACAGCGACCUUGUAACCAAGAUGGUGUGGUACUGCAAAUUUAUGAAUCAGACGGAAGAGGAUGAGGGGGAGGUCGAUUCUCUCCUGGCUCACACAUGUGGUGCGCCUGGGAUGGAUGGCAACCUGAGUUGGGACGACCCGGCGCUGCAUCCUGACCUGUGGUUGGCUUACUUGGGAAAUCGGGAUCAUGAAUCUGUUUGA